AUGAAAGAGCCUCAGGUGAUGCCCUUACCACUACAUGGGCAGGCUCAGCAACAAGCGCUGGUUCACCGGCUUCGACGAGAGCUAAAUAGGCUUGCAGACAGCAAUAGGGGAACUCGGCUUCUCGGGGCCAAGUCCAUCCUGUCCAUCUACAGUGAAGAAGCCGUCAGGCGAAACUUACCAUGCGACCAUGUUUCCAACGCCAGUACUGGCCAUAUGGAUAAGUCCAAGGACAUUAAUAGCCAGAAUAAUAUCUUUUCUGGGGUUUUCAUGAGUAGCGUGUAUACCCCAGUAUCGGGCUUAUGCGCAGACGAGGCCUCAGAAGCCUGCAGGUCGACAGCGUUGGAGCUGUUGCAGCUGGCAGUAAAAACGUUCCUCUCACACGAGGAAGUGGUAGCCCUCUGCAGCGGUACGACGAACAGCAGCAGCGACUAUCACACUCGGGGUUCCGUCUGGAGUUGCUCCUGUGGACCUAACUCCUGCAGUGGACAUGACAGCUGUGGUGAUAGUGGGGACAUCAGAAGCGUCAGCUGGUAUAAAGGCACACAAGAUACAAAGCCACUGGUGGUGCUUCUUUCUGAAAGGCUAGUAGAUGCUUCCGGGAGAGGGGAAAAAAGCGAGGAGCUGCGUUUUGUACUCUUACAGUUCCUGCGGCACCUCUUGCUAAAGCAUGCCAAAGACCCGCCUCUGUCACCCAGAGGAGCAGGCAGGGAUCAGCAGAAGACGUCAUCAGAAGAUUGCAAGGAUGGGUGGGACGCAACAGCUUUUGCAGACUCGCUGCUAACAGGGAUUGCAGGGGCCUUAAAGGACAAAAGCCCGUCCAACGCCAUAGAGGCAUGCCGACUGCUCACUGCACUGUCACCAAAGCUGCAAGUAACUGUCCUUUUGCAGAGCAGUAAAACACUGAUAGAGCAGCUCACUUGCUGCCUGAGGAGACCCCAACGAGCUGUUCGAUGGCACGCAAUCGAUGCCUUUGAUGGGCUUUUGGUGACGAUUUCGUCCGCUAGACCAGCCGAAAAGUCUGUUGCUGUUGCCGCUAGCCUAGUAAAAGCUGCAAGCACUGCAUUGAGACCUAUCCUUCAGCAGGAAGUAGCGGGACAGAACAAGUUAAGAACGUUACAGAUGCUUCAGCGACUGCUAGAGGAGAUGGCACCACGCAUUUUACUGCGCUCCAACGUGAUACCGCAGCUGCUGCAACUGGUACUGCUCGUACUCGGUGAUACAGAUAGGGAACUGGCAGAAGAGGCCGAAAAGCUCUUGCUGUCAUUAGCGCGAGGACAGGACGAAGGAGAUACUAGUAUUUCAAGUAGCGGGGCAAGUAGUACCGAAGGCUCUUCGAAGGAGGACGGCGAAGAAGAUUUAGGAGGCUGUUCACGUCAUGAGGCUACAUAUUGGGUCUCACGCUUGGAACAAUUGAACCUCAAAGAGCAAGACCGAUCACCGAAACAGCUGAUUGUAGAGUUGGCUGGAAUAUACUUGAAGCAAUUGAUGGCCGACCUGCUACCGCGCUUAACAAGUUGGUCGGCAGAAGACAGAAUUGCUUCCUUACGCUCCCUUGUCGGCUUGCUUCGUAUAAGCGGAGGCCACAUUCUACAGGAGCUGCCGCAGCUUCUUCUGCAGCUUUAUGGAGCUUGCGCUGCAGCCGAUACUGGGUCCUCUGUGCCCAGGCAGCAGCAGCAAGGGUCUCCAUUACUUCUUCUUGUACAGCACGCAAUGGUGCGGGAACUAGACGACAAGAAUUCGUCAGGACUUACAUGCAACCGUAGCGACAUCGAGCCAUGGCACUGCGGAGGCUUACAGGACUUGGGAGUCUGCAGCUCCAUGCGCAUUGCGCUCGAAGCUGUCGAGCUUUCUUUGCAGUGCGCAGGGCAGAUAGCAAUACAGCUGCCUCCAUGUACCUGGCUGCCUCUUAUUGUCACUCAUUUGGGACUGCAGGAGGAUGCUCAGCUGUACAUCUGCCGCAAACAGAAGACGCUGGAGUCUUCUACUGUAGAGUCCACGAAUCAGCAAAGUACUGACAGGCCAAGUGCUACCACAGAAGUGGAGCUUUCAUUUGUAAGAAAAUUUUCUGGAGGCUACCCGCAAAUUGUGGAAAUGAUGGGUCUGGGGACGUCUGGGCUCCGCAAGAGGGCGCAAAGAACGGCCAGCACGUCUGCUUGUGGGAGCCGCGUAUUAGCGAAGGGACAUCUGUGCUCUAUUGAAAUGAAGAAACAAGCGUGGCUGCUGCUGGCACGUCUUCUUCGGGGUUUAAAGCUGCAACAGAAAAUUCAAGGUUGUCAAACGAGCCAGCAGGCAGGGCAACACAUAACGGAUGCCCGUGGGGCGUAUACACUGGGAGAGGACGAGCUCUGGCUACUCAUGCAAACUAUCGAGCAUUCUCAGUCUUUUGAAGCAAGCCGAGAAAACAAUGAGGCGAUUCUGCCGUAUGUUGCGGCUCCCCUGUUAGAGCUUCUGCGUGUAGCUGGAGAUUCUUGCAGAUCCGAAGCCAAGCGGCUCUUUGCAGCCGCACUGCUGCAACAGGUUUACUCUCAGAGUCAAGUAGACAUAGCAAGAGCAACGGUCCAACGUGUCUGCGAUUGUACGGGCUUAAGUCGGCUAACGCUAUAUCUAGAUUUUAUCGACGAUUUUAUUCGUGCGAACGUGAAGACUUCUGUGUUUCGAGGGGAUUCAAGCAGUACUGAUGCCCCCACAGAGGGGCACAAAAUGUCCGAACUCACAAAGGAGAAAGAGGAACUUCAGUCUCUAUGGAGUAGCCGAGACCCUCGACGGAUGUUGCUGCUGCAUGCCCUUUAUGGUGCACAGGAAGCAGCAGACGCAUAUGAGGAGAUAUCCGAGGCACAUAAAUGUGUGUGGAUUGAAGAUCUUUUAAAGGUAUUACAACUACAGGGUGCCUCCCUAAAUUCUGCCGCUACAGUGCGCGCCGACAUGCUAUCAGCCUGUCUGGCACUGUUUUCUCUCCCCCUUUUCAUCCCUCUCGCACGGCCGUAUGGAUGCUGGGUACUGGAGCACCUCUUGGCCCCUAACCUCCGCUGGCGCCCGGGCGAAGCAAAUGCGAAGUUGCGCAAGGUGGCAUUGCUGUGCGUGUCUCAACUAAUUCCCACACUGUCCUUGAAAUGUGGGCCUACAAACUUGGAAAUGGAAAAUGGGAUACACGAUUCGACAGCUCAGUUGGUGGAGAUAGGCUGCAUGGAAAAUAAUGUCGCAACAGGGGCUUUGCAACGGGACCAAGCUAACAACGAUAGGCAGCAACGGCUUAAUCCAGAAUCAGCAGAGCAACUUGAGGAAGAAACCAGAGCUGGGUCAGUUGCACAGGCCGUGUCAUUGCUCUCCCCUCUAUUGGUUACAUGCAUGGAUGACGACUGGAACGCCGAUGUGCGCGCGCUAGCAGUUCAAGUUGUCCGUCAGGUAUUCCUAGACCUCCAUGGGACAGGAUAUCAAAAUGAUGCAGUACGGGAGCUAGCUGCGGCAACUGUAUACCCGUUGCAGCAGCGACUUGAUGACGCUCGAGACGACAUCCGCCUUUCUGCCGCGGCUGCACUGGAGGCACUGCUGAUGCAGAGGCCCUUUCUGCUCCACCGUGGCAUUGCUGCCGAAGUAUACAAACGACUGAGCAUCUGUUUGGAUGACCGCAGCGAGAAUCUGGCAAAAGCAGCAGAAGCAGCUCUUGUGGCUGGCGCUGGCGUUAUGAAGGAUACCUUACUUGAGGAGCUUCAAGAAUCAGAGUCCAACUGCCUUUACCCUGAGCGGUACAGACAACUUAUGCAAAAGUUGCAGGUAUUGCAGGAGCCGAGGCCUGACAGUGGUGAUUGA